CUCCUCCGCCUCCGAGCAGCUCGGUCCCUCCUCUCUGGGCUCCAGGUCCAAACAUCACCGAGUGUUCCGUUGUUUUCCUUUUAUUACUAUUUAAACCAAAGACGUGCCAGCAGCAGUCAGACCCACCGGGACCGGGACCGGGACCGAGACCGACCUGAGGAGACAAGUUUAAAGCCCAGCUGCUGCUCCGGAGGACGGAGGUUCGUCGCUCCUCCACCUUCAGUUAAACAGGUUUUUUGGAAGUUAUCAUUGACUUCAGUGAAGUUCGUGCUCGGCCCAGAGGACAGCCCAACACGCCCGGCACCAUGACUCGGAGAUCCUGUGCCAUUUACGCCACCGGGAUCGUGUGCGCUCACCUCCUGAUCGUGGGGAUCGCCCUGGUCGUGGCUCAAGUCUUCCAAACAAUGAUCCACAGCCGGCUGAAGAAGGAAAUUACUCUGACGGAGAAGAGCCAAGUGUUUGAGUCAUGGAAGAAUCCGCCUCCACCUGUUUAUAUGGAGUAUUACUUCUUCAACGUCACCAAUCCAGAGGUGUUCCUGGCAGGCGGGAAGGCAGCUGUCAAACAGAUCGGACCUUACACUUACAGGGAAUACAGGCCGCGGGAAAACGUCACCUUCCUGGAGAACGGCACCAAGAUUUACGCCCUGAACCCAAAAACGUUUGUCUUUGUGCCGGAGAAGUCGGCCGGCGACCCCGAGGUGGACAUCAUCAGGACGGUCAACAUCCCAUAUGUGGCGGUUAUGAACGAGCUGAGCUCCUACUCCAUCCUCGUGAGGACCUUUGUCUCCAUGUACAUGAACGGCAUUGGCGUGGAGCUGUUCAUGACCCGCACCGUCCACGAGAUCCUCUGGGGCUUCAAAGACCCCGUCCUCACAAAGCUGCACUCCCUGAAGCCCGACGUGGACGAGUACUUCGGGCUGAUGUGGAAGAAAAACGGCACACAUGAAGGGGAGUUUGUUUUCCACACCGGCGAGGAGAACUACUUGGACUAUGGCAAGAUCGACACGUGGAAUGGCCUGAGGGAGAUGUCGUGGUGGUCGUCCAAUCAGAGCAACAUGAUCAACGGGACGGACGGCGCCGUCUUCCACCCGCUCAUCAACAGGAACGAGCUGCUCUACAUCUUCGCUGCUGAUCUCUGCCGGUCUAUUCAUCUGGCCUACGUGGAGGACGUGGAGGUGAAGGGGAUCCAGGCGUACCGCUUCGCCCCCCCGAGCGACGUCCUCAUGAACCCCAAAGACAACCCCACCAACGCCGGCUUCUGUGUGCCGGCCGGGGACUGCCUCGGCACCGGGGUGCUCAAAGUCAGCGUUUGUCGAGAAGGCGCUCCCAUCGUGGUGUCCUUCCCACACUUCUACCAGGCCGACCCGGCUUACAUCAACGCCGUGGACGGGCUCAACCCCAACAAGGAGGAGCACGAGACGUACCUGGACCUGCAGCCGACCACGGGGGUUCCCAUUCGGGCCUGCAAGAGAGCGCAGCUCAAUAUCAUCAUGAAGAGGGUCACAGGCUUCCCCAAAACCAAGCACAUCAACGAGACCAUUUUCCCCAUCAUGUUCGUCAAUGAGACGGCGACUAUCGACGAUGACUCAGCAGCACAGAUGAGGACGCUGCUCCUCAUCGUGACUCUGGUGUCCAACUUCCCCCUUCUCAUCGUGGGAAUGGGCAUCAUCCUGCUGCUGGUGCUCGUCGUCUUGUUCUGCCGAAACCGCCAGAAGAAGAAUGAAGUAAAACGUAUUGAUUUUACUGAAGCUUUUCAUUCUUUUGCUACGGCGAAAGAAGACACGGCCUACACUCAGGUCAGCGACAAAACAGACGAGCCGUCGGAAACGCCGGCCAACCAGCCGAUGAGGAACGGCUCCUACAUCGCCAUGUCUCCGGUGGAGGCGCAGAAGUGUUGAUCGAGGACCCCCGUCUCCGAGCGUGGAGCUCAGGAAGGGGGCCGAGGAGCAGCACAGGGGUGUUACAUUACCGCGGGGGGGAGUUCACGCUGGGCUCAUUUUCACUUAAUUGGGGGGGUUGGGGAAAGCGGUGGGACACAAACCCCAGCAACUGUUUAGCCAACAAAGACAUUGCUCCUCUGCCGAGCCCUCUUAUGACUGUCUGUCCUCCUCCUCUCUAGCUGCUGAGCAUGGCCCUCACUGCCUGCAGUACUGCAACACAACCCACCCCCACACUCUAACCCUCAUUUCCGUCCUGGUCGGGCCCGAACACGGAGGGACUCUUUACGGCGGCCUCGGCCAGGACAAGCCUUUUUUCCGUAGUAUUCUUGUGAGGGGAACACGGUAGCGUAGGCGUCGCUGCUGCACACGGAUGCAUGAUCUUCAGAGCAGACUCCAAACUAACCAGAGAGCAUCCUGGUGAACAGCGGCGGGCGUUUCGGUCGUGUUCCGGCUCUUUGCUCUCCAUGGUGAGGAGACAGCCGGUAGAUUAGAACAGCCCCUGUAGACGUUAGGACUGAGCUCUGGGCUCAGCGGGUCGGACGCUUUUGUUAACAAAACUUUUGUAAAAGAAAGGAGAAAAAAAACAGACUGAGCCAAACUAUUUAUAGCAUUUUGCCUUUUUUCCUGAGAUGAACUCGCGCACAUGAACACAUCAUCACACUUCCAGUAACGGUUAGUAAACGUGUGCACCUUUUAUCUCACACUCAGCGUCCUGUUCUCAGGUCGCUGUUUGUCCCAGUGACACCUGAAGUACUCGUGAAUUUGAUGCCCUCCUCCUCCUGAACUGGCCCUUUGGUUUUCUGUCUAAAACACUAGUUAACAUUACAAACUUCUCUGUAGGUGAGCGGACGACUCGUUAGCUGUGAAAUCGUUCGACAAGUUGCACCUUUUAGGCUUCAUCACGAAACAAAAAGGAAGAUUUAAAAACAAAAAAAAAAAACACCCGCAGAACUUACAAGGGAGACUUGAACCUGCUUUCUGCCUUAAAUGGUUCAGUGUUCAUGCAUUGGUCAGACAAGCUGGAGCUCUCUGGCUGUACAUACGUAAAGGGGAACUGUUGAGAUACCUCCGACCAAAUCCAGCAAGCAGUCCUGCUCCAUGUGCUGAAGACACUAGCUGUGCUCUGGUGUCGCCGCUCCGUCACGUCUACACUGUUACGUAUUAGAGAAAGCACAACUUGGAUUGCUAAAACCAGUCCUCACACAAGGCUACCAGGUGUUCUUUUUGUGUCCUGUAUUAUAUAUCAAACAUUUACAGCUGAUCUGUCAAAGACACUGUCGAGUGCCGUGGCCUCUGAACCCCAGCGGGAGCCCCGUCGGCCUCCCGCCGCUGUGCAGUCAUUCGGUUUGCCAAGGAGCUGUAGGCAUUCAGGCGAACUCAGCACACAGCACUUGAAUCACUGUUUGUCUUACGUUGUGUUGAAGCUCUCUGUCCGCCACAUUUGUCUCAUCAAAGCCCGCCGGUGGUGGGAAGUGAAUUUAAGGCCAUAAUACUGUCGACGUGGAACCUUCCCUGCACUUUGCCUGGAACUUGUGCCCUGUGUACUUUCAUUGUUGUUGUUUUUGUUGUUACUGUUUGUUUCGAUGCAGGUGGUCCAUGUGUUCAUGACAUUUCAGCGCUUUGUCCUGCCUCGUGUUGCUUGUGAGGGAUGCUGCUGCGAUGGGACAGCAGACAUCCUGCCUCUGUGUUCGUUGCUUUUCAGCACAUGGAGUGUCUUCUUUUGAUAUACUUUUGUAUUUGUUAUUGCUGCUACAAAAUGCCAUAGCCGGUGGACUUGUGUUUGUAUUCACCACAGCGUGCUCGGUUCCAGGUUGGCCCACGGAGGCUUUUUGUGUUGCCGACCCUCUGACACCUGAGCACAAGAUACGAGCCCGACGCCUGCUGCCAUUCGUUGGACUUUGCGGUUACAGUUUUUUGUAAAGAUAUCACUCUCAUUCCUUUAUUAGCGGGCGACCUGAGCAUAUCACGCGUGUCGUUGGGGUUUUUUAUUCUUGGGGUUCGUAGACUUGACCGUUCGCUGAAGGUGCCCAAACGGGGGCGAGCCGCUUCGGCACCAUCCAGACCCGGUGCCACAAGUCUGACUGUGGGUUUAGAAACACUGUGGUGGAGAGUCCUUGAACGCAUCGGUUUGGAAAAGAUGCUUAUUUGCUUUGUUGGUGGAAUGUCAGACGCCACUCUGUCCGCUGAGGCCUAGCUUCACCCAAAGCCUGGAAACGAGGAGGCGGCUCACCUGGCUCACCUGGCUCAUUAAACAGUCACUCCAGCAGCACCUCUACGGUUCAGGACAUUUCACGUAACAUCUUGGUUGUUUUUACUCUGUACAAAAACCAAAGAGCUCAAUUCAGGCUCUGACAGUUACUGCACUGACAGAUAACUGGCAAACAUUUCAGUUUCUGCACAUUUCAAAAGGCGGCAGGAUUCCUCCGCAUCAACGCUCCCGGCCUGUGUGCUAAGCUAAGCUAACUGUCUGGACAGAAGCCAAGUGGUCUCCAUAUUCCUUUAGCCACAAAGCAAAUAGCUCCAACAAUGUUGAACUCUUCCUCCGAAGCAAAAUCAAUUCACUAAAGGCCUUUUGAUUCCACCGAACGCCCGUGACCAGCGCCUUGUGCAAACUCACAGUUCAUCGUUAUUCACCUUUUUAAAUAUCUCCACUCGACCCUUCCUCGUGAGCGUCGUGUGUGUGUGUGUGUGUGUUGCUGUUCAAACACCUGAGCCAUCACUCCUGUCCGCUCUCUACUACGCUGACCUUUGAGUCCCAUCCUUCAAGCCCAUUGGCUCGUCCCUGCUCGACCAAAGAUAACCGCGUAGAUCUGCCCCCCGGCGCCGUGUUUGCUCUGCGAUAGCGGCCGCGCCACAGGAACCACCGCCUACCUUUUUCUUUUCCAAACGACAUGGUGCCACCGCUUACAUGAAGUAUUAGCAGCAGUGUUGUGUGAGUGUGUUUGUGCCUUUCACGUCGAGGCGAAAACACCAAGAAGAAAAAUGAGACGUUGGAUGGUAUUGCUUUUUCUUUCCUUUUUUUGUCACCCAGUGCAAAGCAAACAAAAGUAAUCAAUGCUCUUUGUGAGCAGAAGAAAUCUCAGUAUUAUGUAAGACAAAGCAAUACAGAGGUGUGUAAAAUAAGCUGUGGAUGUUUUAUAAGGGGCCACGCGAUAUUUAUGUUGUUGUUCUCCCUGAUUUCUUGUUUAGGAGUAUUUUCCUUUUUCUCCUGUGGACUGAUUUAGUCGUUUAUUCUGUAAUAUUCAGCACAUUUCAUCGUCUAUCAUUUCAAUUUUUUUCACACUGAAACUACAAAAGAUGGACCAGUAUGUCACACUGGGAACAAGUCCUGUACAGAGUCUGUCAGAGUGAUGGUGAGUGGUUUAGGUUUUGGGUGUUUGUGUUCAAUGAGAAUUUGUGUUUGUGGAGCAAAGCAGCGUUUUUCUGUGGAACUGGAGUGAUUUACUGGAAGGCUGACGAUCUUGACUGAGUAAAGCGUAUGUAGAUGAAUGAAGCCCUCCUUCAGGGAUGAGCACUAGUGCCAUACCAUCCUUUGUGUCAUUAUUAUUAUUACUAUUAUUUUUCUUUGACUUGCUCUCGGUAACAACACGUCUGCCCCAUUUCAACACCCUGAGGUCACUAACAGAUGUUUCCUUAUGAGAUGUACUAAUUUGUUUUGCUGCUGAAAAUGACAAUCUUCUUUGUCAUGUUAGGUGCAAAAUGAUUUCAAAGUAAUAUUCAUUUUUAGUUUUGAUAAUUUACACUGCACAGAUGUUUCUACAGUGCUUUUGUAAACAUUUCUAGUGUAUUUGCAAAAAAAUAAAAGUGCAAAGUUCACA